CAAUGGGUUUGCUUUUCCCUCUUAUUAUAACAGAGCUGAGGAUGAGCAGCAGAUAGAUUCUGGACUGGGCAGUGGAGGUUUAAAGAACAAACAAACUGCAAGGGCGAUCUCUUUGGUAGCAUCUCCAAGAGAAGGCUGUAAUUUAAUUUGUCACCCCGGCAAUAGAUUUUUUUGGGAGGGGGGGCUUAGUGGCUUUGACAUGACAAGUGCCGCAGUCUCUCAGAGGAGGCAGAGAGGCAGAUGAGACGUGUAAUGAAGAAGGAACAAAAAAAGAAUAUUACCCAGAGUGUAUGAUUGUGUAUGAGUACGGCAAACAGACUAGAUGAGGCUGAUUACCUUAGACUUGAAACAUAGAGAGCGAUUCUGUCAGGAGCAGGAGGAGGGAUGCUUCCACGGAGAGCCCUCCUUUCUUUGUACACCCUCCCACCACAUUCACUUGCAAAUCACUGUGAGCCUGGAAAAGCCUUCUCUUUCCCCAGUCUGUGUAACCUUCCCAUGGCAAGUGCUGCGGCUCUAUCAGCAGAACCUCUCUCUCUCUCGCUCUCUCUCGCUCUCUUCCUGUGUAAUGGCUUUUUUUUUAAUCAAGCGCUCUGAAUGAAAGCCACUCAGAGAGAGAGAGAGAGAGAGCGAGCUUCCCCCUCCUCAUCCCCCCUCCCUCCAUCACCGUUUUCCUGCUGUCCAGAGUUAAGUGAUGCUCGGAGAAUAAGCCUGAAUAAAAUUCAAGUAGGAUCAGUCUUAGAACAACAACAACAACAACAACAAAAAUAGCAUAGGAAUCCACUAAAACACAAGGAAGGAAGAUAGUCCAAGAAAUCUAUGGUCUUGCCUGGAUUGGACACUACUUCAUUCCCAACAGAAAAAGAAUUGAAGAUACUGCCCAUCUCUGGUCCCUGAUGGUUGCUUUGGUAAAGAAAGCUGACCAUCUACAUCACUGGACAAUUCGGACAGAGGGUUCUGUAUGAUAUGCCAGCUGCCAUGCAAAUUCAUUCUGCAUAAAAGAUUUGGGAUCUGCGCAGACUAGAGAUGAGCUAUUAUAAACUGCUUGGCUGCACAUUCCACUGAAGAGGUAUCAAGAACUCAGUCUACAGCAAAGAGUAAUAUCGAUCCUGCAGUCACAGGCACUUGGAAGGAGGUUGGCAGUGAGGAACUAUGAUAAUACAACAAGUCUUACUGCUGGUGCUUCUAUGGGUGUGUCUGCUGCACCCCUGUUUGACAGCAAUGGUAUUCACCAGGACUGCAGACCACCAGCCAAAAAGCUUUGUGGCACGUGGAGCAGGGAGUGAUGGGAAAGCUCUGCAUCGUCAGAAACGAGGCUGGAUGUGGAACCAAUUCUUCUUGCUGGAGGAAUAUACUGGGUCCGAUUACCAAUAUGUCGGCAAGCUUCAUUCUGACCAGGACAGAGGAGAUGGGUCCCUAAAGUACAUUUUGUCAGGAGACGGGGCUGGCACUCUUUUUAUUAUUGAUGAGAAUACAGGUGACAUUCAUGCCACACGAAGAAUUGACAGAGAAGAGAAAGCUUUCUAUACUCUACGUGCUCAGGCUAUUGACAGAACAACACUAAGGCCAGUGGAGCCAGAAUCAGAGUUUGUCAUCAAGAUCCAUGACAUCAACGACAAUGAGCCAAUGUUUCCAGAGGAAGUUUAUACUGCCAGUGUUCCUGAAAUGUCAGUGGUUGGUACUUCCGUAGUGCAAGUCACAGCCACAGAUGCCGAUGACCCCUCUUAUGGAAACAGUGCCAGAAUCAUUUACAGUAUCCUCCAAGGCCAACCAUACUUCUCUGUGGAGCCAGAAACAGGCAUCAUCAGGACAGCUCUACCAAACAUGAACAGGGAAAACAGAGAGCAGUACCAAGUCGUUAUCCAGGCAAAAGACAUGGGAGGCCAGAUGGGUGGAUUAUCGGGGACCACGACAGUGAACAUCACCCUGACUGAUGUAAACGACAAUCCGCCUCGAUUCCCCCAGAGCACAGUCCACCUUCGUAUUUCAGAAUCCUCUCCAGUUGGUACUGCAAUUGGAAGUGUAAAAGCCAAUGAUGCAGACAUUGGGAGAAAUGCAGAACUUGAAUAUCGAAUUAUUGAUGGUGAUGGAAUGGAUGCAUUUGACAUUGUUAGUCAGAAGGGCACACAGGAAGGCAUAAUCACAGUGCGAAAGCCACUGGACUAUGAGAACCGAAGGCAAUAUACGUUAAAAAUUGAGGCAGAGAAUCUAUAUGUUGAUCCACGGUUUUAUUAUCUUGGGCCUUUUAAAGAUACAACAAUCGUGAAAAUAUCUGUAGAAGAUGUUGAUGAGCCACCUGCCUUCAGCAGAUCCUCAUACCUUUUUGAGAUACAUGAAGAUAUUGAAGUGGGCACAAUAAUAGGAACAGUGAUGGCUCGAGAUCCAGAUUCGGCUGCUAGCCCUAUCAGGUUUUCUUUGGAUCGCCACACUGACCUUGACAGAAUUUUUAACAUACAUUCUGGAAAUGGAUCUAUUUAUACUUCCAAGAUGCUUGACCGGGAAGUGUCACAGUGGCACAAUCUUAGCGUGAUAGCAGCUGAGAUCAAUAACCCCAAAGAGAUGACUCGUGUUUCUGUUUAUGUUCGAAUAUUGGAUGUGAAUGACAAUGCACCGCAGUUUGCUGUAUUCUAUGAUACUUUUGUGUGUGAAAAUGCGAGAGCGGGCCAACUAAUACAAACCAUCAGUGCAGUUGAUAAAGAUGAUCCCCUUGGAGGACAGAAGUUUUUCUUCAGUUUAGCUGCUGUUAAUCCAAACUUCACAGUCCAGGAUAAUGAAGAUAACACUGCCCGGAUUUUGACAAGAAGGAAUGGCUUUAGCCGGCAUGAAAUAAGUACUUAUCUCCUGCCAGUGGUGAUAUCAGACAAUGACUACCCCAUCCAAAGCAGCACUGGCACCCUGACUAUCAGAGUGUGUGCCUGUGACAGCCGAGGAAACAUGCAGUCCUGUAAUGCCGAAGCUUUGCUCCUUCCAGCGGGCCUGAGCACAGGAGCACUCAUUGCCAUUCUGCUCUGCAUCAUUAUUCUACUGGUUAUAGUGGUGUUGUUUGCUGCUCUAAAGAGGCAGCGAAAGAAAGAGCCUCUGAUUCUGUCGAAAGAGGACAUCAGAGACAACAUUGUGAGUUAUAACGAUGAAGGUGGUGGAGAAGAAGAUACUCAAGCUUUUGAUAUUGGCACACUGAGGAAUCCUGCAGCUAUUGAAGAUAAGAAGCUCCGCCGAGAUAUUAUACCUGAAACGUUAUUUAUACCACGGAGGACUCCUUCUGCGCCAGACAAUACAGAUGUCCGUGAUUUCAUUAACCAAAGGCUAAAAGAGCAUGAUAAUGACCCCUCUGCACCACCGUAUGACUCCCUGGCAACCUACGCCUACGAAGGAAAUGAUUCUAUAGCCGAAUCUUUGAGUUCUUUAGAAUCUGGCACUACCGAGGCAGACCAAAACUAUGAUUACCUCAAGGAAUGGGGCCCUCGGUUUAAUAAGCUUGCUGAGAUGUAUGGUGGAGGCGAAAGUGAUAAAGACACUUCCUAACCUACAGUAGGAUAUACAGUUUUUGUUUAUUUGAGAGGAAGUAACUUUACAGACACCUUCUCCACGUGACAAUAUUUGAUGUUCAGGAACGUUCUCCUGCCACUCAGCACAAUGGUUUUGAUUUCUCAUUUUGUUUUGAAUUUGCUCAUGUAUGUCAUUUAUUAUUUCUCGUAAACUGUCACAUGGAAUAUAUACAGCAUUUUAUUUAACCCCCUUCCAAAAGCCAAAGCUAUCAAAAUUCAGUGUCAUCCAUUUUAUUAAAGGAUACAUUGAGCAGGUUUAUAAUCUCUCAAGCAAUCGCAGGUAUAAGUUGCUUCUGUUAUCAACACUUGCGAGUGCAGCUUUUUAAAAAGACCCAGACCGCAACCCCCAAAGGGUCAUGCAUGAACAGUCCACAUGCACACUCACAUUUUCCAUAGGGGAAAAAAAUGCUUUUUCAAAAACUGCUUACAAAGGACCUCCAGACAGCUCUUUUUACUCUUGCAUAGAGAGCAUUCCCCACAGGACCUACAUGUCUAGAAAACAGAGUGCUCUUUCUUUUUUCUUGUUUUGACAAAAAUUACUUCUCAAAAGAACAAUUUGGUGCUCAAAAUCGAUUGGGUUUUCCAAACUUAAAAAGCUGUUGUGAGAGCUUUAAAAUUGGAAGUACCAGCGGUACAAAUAGUUUAUUUUAUUUUUAAAAAUAUACUUGCUUUAUUUGAGGAAAUACAACAUUUCAUUUGGAUUUCACUUCAGGUGGAAUAGGGAUGUGCCCAAAUUGGCUCGGGCAGCCGCAGGCGGAGCGGGGAUCAGUUCCUUUAAAAACCAGGUAAGCAGGUCUUUACCUGCUCUCUACUGUCCCACUGAUUUCUGCACACAGCACCAACUUCCCCAAAGGCCAUGCAUGACUGCAGCACUGCUCCCAGCAGCCUGUGUGUGGUGUCAGUAUGUGCAUGGCUGCUGCACAUGUGUGGCGGCCAUGUGAAGGACUAUGCCAUGUGCAGAUUGCUGGGAGCAGCACUGCAGCCACAUGUGGCCUUUUGGAAAGCAGGCACCACACACAGAAAAGUGGUGGGUUGGCAGAGGAGCAGGUAAGGACCUGCUUACCUGACUCUUAAAGGAACUGAGCUCUGCCCCACUGAACCGGUUCAAAUGCAGGCACCUAAGCCAAUUCGGCGCUUCCCUAAGGAGGUGCCAAACUGGUUCAAGAACAUCCCUAUGGUGGAAUUUUAGUGGCAACUAUAGUUUGGGUGCUUUGCCCAUGCAUUUUCUGUAAAGAAAUUUGCGGGGGGGGGAUCUAAAGAGUGUGCAUCUGUGCACUUGUUAUUGAAUCGUGGCCCAAGGGAGGGGGGAAUGAUAACAGUCUGUCCCUAUUCUGUACAUUAAAAAAUUCCCUUAAAAUGUACACAUGGUGUUAAUGUGAUAUGCAGCUGGUUUAAAAAAAAACAAAAAAACUUUGUGCAACUUCAUUUCAUCAGAUUCUAUCUGCCAAUGUUUUAUAUUUAUAUUUUUGUAUUUAUUUUUAAGAAAUAAACCAGUUUUUAUAACUA